AUGUGGUGGGGGUUUGAACAUUUUAGAACAAAGCAACGAAAUUUUCAUAUCGAUUUAAGAUAUCAAAGAAAUAUGAUCUGAAAAUUGCAAAUGGCCGACUAUACACAGGAUAGGCCUCCUAGAGCGUUACUAUCUCGUCCGAGACAUUCACUUGUCAUACGGUUUGAGAGCGAUUUGUACGUAAGGGAGAAACGAUUGCCACACGAAGAACAUCCUUAGAAAGAACUCACAAUGAGGACCUCCACAUUCGUGUUCUUCGACAUGUUAUACGCAUCUUACAGAAGCAUAGAAGCAUCCCCAGCCUUGAAGCUCGACAGAUUCCCCAUCCAAGGAAUAGCCCACUUCGUCAUCGAGGUCUCUUAUCAGCCAAACCGCGCUUAGAUAAAGCCAAGGUAAAAAGUACAUUACUACAGUACCAACAUCACCGCCCAAACCAGACCUUCCAGACCACCUAACCGCCAAUCCACAAACCCACGAAAUCACCAACCCAACACCAUCCACCGUGGCGAACCUCAUCUGGUCAAAGCUGCCUCCCUCCUCGCCCACCAUGGCAACGGAAGAGAUGGUUUCCCAACCCCCCCACCCAGCAUUAACUCCUCAAUUCUGCUUCUCCACCGCCGCCCUGCGAGACUUCAUCCGCAUCUCCCGCUCCUCAAUCGACGACUCCAUAACCCAAAACCUUAACGCCCUCGCCACCCCCGCCUCCCGCGGCUUCGACGUAACCUCCACCUCGCACCGCACGCCCUCCGGCGCCCGCACGCUCGACCCCAACGCAUGCACCUCCUUCAAGUCCUCGAUCCUAUUCCCAGCAUGGCAAGCGCGCUCCGACGUGCUCCAGUACUGCGGACACGUAGCUGUGUCUCCGGACCCGGAUGAUCCGGGGCUGGUGGCGAGGCAGCUGGAGGAGGAGAGGGGGAAGGCGAGGGUCAUUAAUGAUAGGCUUGAUCCUUAUUCGUCGAGGUUUUUUCCGAGGGAGAGUAGGACGGAGGAGUUGGCGAGGGUGGUGAGGAUGGAGAGUGGGGUGGAGAGGAUUGUGAGGGCGAGGACUUGGGAGGUUGUGGAGGAGAGGUGUGGGGAGGGGAGGGGGAAGGGGUGGGAGGAGGCGCUGAGGGAGUGGGAGAGUGGGAAGAAGAGGGGGGGGGAGUGA